AUUCAUUACAUGGUAAACCAAUGCCCUUGCUUCACUGGGCUGGGCUCUCUGGAAGGUGUGCUGCUGCCUGGGCUGCUGGAAGAACACUCACCGGCGUGGGAAGAAACGACUUGCCACUGACCGACCUGGGCUUCUAGAGACCUUUCUCUGGACUGGGAAGGACUUGGAUAUUAACUGGAAAUACCUCAAGAAGAUUCAAGAAGCUGUAGAGGUGAAUAAAUCCGUGAAGGACCAGUAUGGGAAUCCUAUACUCUGAGCCCAUCUGCCAGGCUGCCUAUCAGAAUGACCUGGGUCAAGUGUGGCGGUGGGUGAGGGAAGACCGCAGCUAUAUCAACAUCCAAGACGGCUUUAAUGGAGACACCCCCUUGAUCUGUGCUUGUAGGCGGGGGCACAUGAGAAUCAUUUCCUUCCUUCUGAGAAGGAAUGCUGAUGUGAAUCUCAAAAACCAGAAACAGAGAACCUGCUUGCAUUAUGCUGUGAAGAAAAGAUUUACCUUCUUUGAUUAUCUACUCAUUAUCCUCUUAAUGCCUGUCCUUCUUAUUGGGUAUUUCCUCAUGGUGUCAAAGACGAAGCAGAAUGAGGCUCUUGUACGAAUGCUGCUUAAUGCUGGUGUUGACGUUAAUGCCAUAGACUGUUAUGGCUGCACGGCACUACACUAUGCCUGUGAAAUGAAAAACCAGACGCUCAUUCCUCUGCUCCUUGAAGCCCAUGCAAACCCCAUGAUAAAGAAUAAGGAUGGUGAGACUUCCCUGGAUAUUGCACAGAGAUUAAAAUUUUCCCAGAUUGAAUUAAUGCUAAGGAAAGCAUCAUAAUCUUUGCGAUCUCAUAUGAAGAAGUAGUAAAAGGCCUGGAUUGUGUCUCAAUCUUGGACUAUGGGUCUGCAGACCAUUCACUCUGGGGACCCCCAUGGUACGGGGAUAAGGUUGGUUGCCAUGGGUAACAUUUUUGAAGAGCUUUGUAUUUCCAAUGUUUUUUGCUCAGUGGAGUUCAUCGUGGUCACAAUCCUUCUGGGGGAGACACUAAAGAUGUUGGACUCUCCAUAUCAGUAAAAAAAAGGUGAUAUUUCAAAGUCAAUCUCUCCUGAAGGAAAGGAUCAGUGUUCUUCUCUCUUUUGGCUGUCCCGUCCAUAUCCUGCCCCAAGAAACAAACUGUUCCUCUGAGGCUCCUUUGAGUAAUAAGACGAAGAAUCAAGCAGAUAUAUUCGUACAGAAUGGUAUAUGUAUGUGUGUAGGUUUAGAGAUUUAUAUGUAAGUAUUCCAUCUUCAACAAAAUCAUGUAUCAGUUGUCAACAACAAAUAUUGGCAAAUGCUUCAAGUCAGCUUUUUUUUUUUUUCCCUUACAAAGAGCCACUGUAUCAGCACAUCUCGAGAUGUUUUGCUAUCAAUGUACAAAUUAGAGCCGUCUUGAUUUCAAACAUGAUUAUGUGACUAUCAAGUUGUUUGUUCAAAAAUAUUUUUAUGAUUCUCUUGUGAAUGCAGGGCAGUUACUAAUCUUGUUAGUGCAUUUUUUAUUGAUAAAAUUAAAAUAUUGUAAAUUAUUUGAAUAAAAGAAUUCUUUACAAGAAAGAACUAUGUGAUGAGGUGGCGUCUGGAUUAAACUUCUAGAGGAGAGAUAGUGAACAUUGAAAGAUCUGUCUCAAGUUCUUUGUCAGUGAGACAGAACAGAAAUAAGCAUAUUUAAAAAUGAUUGAAUUUUGCAAAGCAAGACUGCAUCUUGGUUAUUUUUAGCCAUGGACUACACAGCAUGUAGUAACAAAUGCAGUCUAAGAAUGAAAGAUUUACCAUCUCCAAACAGAACAAAGGUCUAAUAAAAAAAUAAAAUCCAGGAAAAUUCAUUGAACUUUGCACAGUACCUUAAGCACAUACUUCUUGAGGGAAGUAGUUGUGUGUAGAUAUAGAUUCUGAAGACCUUAAAUCUCUUACUACAUUAUCUAAGAUCUAUUCACAUUGAACUGAGUUAUAAGGUGACUCUGAAGAUUUAAAAAUAAAAAAGUGAAACUUCCAACAAAUUGCCAGUAUGCUUUCAGUUUGGUGCCAGAGUUCUGCAAAAUCACCAUACCAUGUAAUUCAUAACUGUUUUUUUUUGAAACUGUGUGAAAAUUGAACAAUUUUCUAAAGAAAUAAAUUCAGACUUAUAAACGAGUUACUUUGCCAACAAAGGUCCGUCUAGUCAAGGCUAU